AGGUGAUCUUCCAAUGUACUUCUAGGUUCGGUAACAAAUCAUCUCCUGCUGCUAAAUCGAAAUCAUCACUUUGAUCAUUUCGGGUAUUUUUGUUCGGUCCGGCCUAGUCUUCGCCCAACAGUAAUAUAUCUGAGCAGUACAAUUUUUUUUGUCAUUCAAAAGAACAGCCUCUUCAAAUUCAACGUCGACCUCUUUGAUGUCUACCGUUCACUGCCUUGGCUGUAACUCGAAAUCACAUCAGUACUUUCAUCACUUUUUCACCUCAGCAUUCUGAUCGUUUGCUUCCCACCUUUAACUUAGUCUACUUCCCUUCGAGACGUCGAGAGCAGCCUACCUGUAGUUAACAGACAAGCUGUGAACAAGGUAAAAAAAAUUGUAUAAUUUGGGAGAAAUAGAAAUUACGUAUUAUAGUACCCCAACGAACAACAACAAGCAUCCGGAUCCGGAACCAGGAUUAUAAUGAUGUCCAAGAGCUAUUGCAAAGUGGGGGCGGUCUGCGCUCUCGGCUGCACCCUGCAGAUGGUGACCUGCAGUAGAAGAUUUUCAACCUCGCAUGAUCUGGAUCGGACCGUCAAGGUUGCGAAGGGGCUUAUUUCUCCGGAGGAUCUUAUGGGAGCGUCAGGUUUGAAAUCGUCAAAGUUGAAAUAAUCUGCAAUGCAUAAAAUGCAUCACCCGAGGUACGUGUGUUGCAGAGCAGGCAAGUGAGGCCGAUUGUAAGCCUGUUAGGGGUUACAGUUCGAGCUGCUAAAGUAGCAUGAGAAAUUCCUCUUCUUUGCCUAAACAGCAUGACAAACUGGAUUUAGGGACCGCCGAAAUUUGUCAUGCGCCAGUUGUAAACCGGGUUCCAACUGGCGUCCAUUUUAUGCAUGACAAAUUAUUUCAACUUUGUCGAUUUCAACUCUGACACAUCCAUAGAUCGCCGCUUCAUCCGCGCAGCUUCCACCGCAGCCGCUUUUUCCUCCGCUUCAACUGCGCAGCAGCCGCCCAAGUGGAGCCAGUUUCUGCAGAAAAAGUUAUUUCUGUACACGUUUGAGGCGCGCGAAACACUGAGAAAGAAAUGGCACUUUCGGAAGAUGAAAUCCCGUGCGGGGCGCAAAGGGAUGGAACGACUGCGAGAAUUGGUCGAAAAGCCGCUCGUAUGCAUUGCAAAAGCAUCGUACUAGUAUAAAUCGCAUGACAAAUUGACUUAGCAUUACAAAUGAAAUUUGUAAUGCGGAUUUGCCUCAAGAAAAAGAUUUGUAAUGCAUAACUGCAAUUACUACGAGUACGAUACUUUUGCACAGGAUAGCUCGCGGCCAUGGAUUUGGACAAGACCCUGUUCUAUCAAGAGUAAAAAUGUCUGGGUCUGGAAGGUUGGAACUUGUGAUGCUAACUUUGGACUCUAAAAAAAUCUGUAUUGCAUGACCAGCAAGAGGAGUCUAGUACUAGUUUGUGCUACGCGGGGAGGGCAUUUGUCAUGCGGAAUAGGCAUCAGGAAGCCGUCUAAAAAUCUUCUAUGAUGCUAGGUCGUGCAUUAUAGAGAUCCUGGGUCAUGCAAAAUAUGCAUGACAAACCCUGCAACAUUCCAGACCCAGACAUUUUUACAUUUGAUAUGUUCGUGGAGGACGCAAACUUCGAGCAGUUCAAAAAAAACCUCCACGCUAUGGAAGCGUCAGGACUGAAAUCGUCAAAGUUGAAAUGAUUUGUCGUGCAUAAAAAAAUGGAAGGCAUGAAGUGCCUCUCUUGCUGGAUUGGCAAGUGAGGCAGAUUGUGAGCCUAUUCAGGGUUUGAAGUAGAGCUGCUAAAGGAGCAUGACAAAAGCAGUCUUUUGUGCCCAAACAGCACGACAAAUUGGAUUCCGGUGCUCCGAAAAUUUGUCAUGCGCUGCUUGGAAAUUGGGCUUCCAACUGAUCUGCAUUUUAUGCGUGACAAAUCAUUUCAACUUUGUCGAUUUCAAACCUGACGCUUCCAUACACGCCCUGCAACGCUUCGAAGCCGCCGGGGGCAUCGGGUUUCCGGUCACGGGGAAUAAUCUCCAGAUGGCCGGUAAGAAAUUCGACAAGGUGCAAGAGGAAGAUCUUCAAAAAUGGAACAGCAAGGGCUUGCGUAACAAGCCGGGCAUCUACGUCAACGGUGCCUACAUCCAGGGUUUGCAUGGCAGAGUGAUCCAGCAGUCUGCGCUUCAGUCCAUGAAGGCAACAACGACCCCCGCGCAGCCGGGGAACCUGGGUCAAAAAACUAUGGACGGCUUCGAAUUUCUGCUCCAGUUUGUGAAAGAAAAAGUCUUUACCGACGAAGGAAUCAGCAAAUUCGGACACAUCGGGCUCCACUUCAUCAGCGGGCGCGAGAGCUACGUACUUGACGGGUCGAACAUGAACCCUGUGCGCGGGCACCUGGGUGGGAAAUUGUUUCUCGAAGAGAAUGAGUAUCCCGUGCACACAGGUGAUGAGCUCAUUCAGAAAAUCAACGAGGAUGUCUUCGCCCCGGCGCUGACGGCCGUGUUCGUGUGGCCGGUCGAGGAGGAAAUCGAGAGGGAAUACAAGGUAUGAAUCGCAAACUAUGUCGUGUCUGGGUCUGGAAACUUGUGAUGCUGGAUCGCAAUGAUUGAGCAUCCUCUCGUCGAGUGCAGCCAAACAUGACAAAUUUGUGACACGCCUUGUUCUCAUGCGUAGCGCGCAUGAGAAAGAACUGCGUUUUUCAUUUUCUUUUUUCCGGACACAAGAAGUCUUCGCGCUUUUGUUACUCGUGCAACACAGAAGAUUUCAGAGGCAUGCAGGCCAAGCAAUACAGGUUCCACUUCAAAAAUAUUUCCAGACCCAGACAUAUUUGCAAUGCAUACAGAGGCAACUUCGGCUCGAAGGACUUCGUUGAGAAGCAUUAUGCGGAUAACAUCAGGCCGAAGCAGAUCCUCGUUAUGGAGGCACUGCAGCAGUACACCAAGGAGCUUUUCGGGCCUGAAGAGGCACAUAAAAUGGAGUACGAAAUCAAACCCCUGGCCGCCCCGUGGCCUGAACUGGACGUGAACGUAAAAGGCAUCAACAAGGGCGCGUCGCUGGAGCGCUUUCUGGAGGACGAGGAAGUGCGCGAGCACUUGAAGCUAGAGCCCUUUGUUGACACGACCACGACUUCUGAUGUUGUUCCCACUUCUACAGACAAGAACACCUUGGAUGAAGAACAAAACCUGCAAAAGUUGCGACGCGACGUAAUGACCAAAGUGGCCGUGUACGGGGACGCCGCGAAUGACGAGGGCAUGUUUAAGGCCUUGCCGAAGACCGGGGAGCAGGUGGCGCUGCGCGUGGGUAUGACGGACCGCUGCUCGCAGUUGGGCAAUAUGGCGUUCUCAAACGUUACAUUCUCAACUGUUACAUGAAUUUGUAAUGCAAGACUGGCAAAAGUGAAAGGAGGAAGAUUGCGCCUUUUGCAUUACAAGUUUGGCGCAGAUUUAGGUGCUGUUUAGUCCUGCUUCCCAAGUUUGUCAUGCGAAGCAGCUUGAUCAUCUGCCGACUUGAGGUGCUUUCGCAUGACAAAUCAUUUAACACUUGAAAAUGUAACGUUUGAGAAUCCCAUAGGCAACUUGCCAAACGUGCAGGCGGAAGUUGACCAGGUGUUGAACCUGGCGACUGCCGUGAUGAAGGCGAAGCUACAGACCGUCGGUGAUGUGCGGGGACUGGAUGACACCGACAAGGCGGCGCUGAGUGAGAUGCUCGGUGGGGAAGCGUACACCCCAGAUGCCUUUAUUGGCUUUACACAGACCACCGCUCGCACAGGAGGUCGUCGUAGCUCUACUAACAAGCGGAAGCGCACCAGCAAGAAGUCUCCGUUUUUGGCGCAGUCACAGUAACUGCAUGGCGGUCGUGCUGUCGGGAAGUUUUUGCUGCGUCAACAAAAGAAGCGGCCUACUUUGUUUUUGAGCAAGUAGGGCAGCGGCCGUGACUGAGGCAUGUGAGUUUUUACGUAGCUGCUGAUGCAGCUCGAGGAUUAAAGAAAUGUACUUACUUGAGUUGUAGUUGCUCUCGCUCUGGCAGGUACAACAGAAGAAUUUUUCUGUGCUACUCGUCGUGGAGAAGUGUAAAGAGGACUUCUGCCACCUCUGUGAUACAGAAGAAUUCGCUCUGCAAAACCUGCGUUUUGUCAUCAUUUUUUCGUGCAGAAGUUGCGCCUUAUACAUAGAAGUACGUAGUUAAACUAGAGCUAGUACUAAGAAGAAAAAUUUUGGCUACCAUAAAGAGACGAACAAAGAGACGAAGAGCACUUUUUUUUUGUACCAUGAGAAGCACGACUAAAAGUUUACUAUUCAUAUAUUUUUUUUGGGAAAAUAAAAUUCAUUGCUGGCUGUGUAGUUGAAAAUCAAAAUUUAUUGGAUGUGAUCGCUACUCCUGUAGUUGUACAACUAACCUUGGGAAGAGGAGCAAGAAGCUAUUUAUUGAAACAACGCACGAAAACGAUGCUGGAAGUGGCGAAGAAAGAAGAAGAAACUGUGCUUACGCACUUAAGUACGCAAAUUUGAAACAGGGCCAGGGGAAGGUGGGAAGCUAACACCGUUGUACACCCCUUGGCAGCGGAAGAGUUGGCUCGCCUUCUCUACAGCUGCAGCAGGAACCCUUGCUGCUGGGUGUAAUCACUACUAUCUUUUUCUUAUCAUUCGUAACAGACUGAUGAAGUACCAAAGGUUAACAAGCUUCAUAAUUAUUUUUUUUGGAUUAGGAAGAUGAUUCCACUUUUGGGAAGCUUCCUAUUUUGGUUUACUAAGGAUGAAGAAGAUUCCUGCAAGGUGUAGGCAUUCUUCUUUAUUUUGUUUAUUGGCACAUGCAGAGAUUGGCACAUGCAGAGGGAGAGCGGGACGGAGAGGAUCUAGUAAGAUCGUGAGUAGUACUCCGAGUCCAACGCUUUGGUCCUCUCCCGUCCUCUUCCACCACUGACUGGGCAUAUUUGUUCUUGUUACGGAUGUAUGAUGAGCAUUUGAAUUAUUCACGGCCAAAUGAAGUAGUCCCAGCUAAAUCUAAAAGUUGGAAGAUGAAAACGCCGAUAGGAC